AUGGAGAGGAUCAGGAUUCCGUGUUUCUUCGCUGUUGUGCUAGCAGCCCUAGGCGGGUGCCUCGGCUCCGACCAGGACGGGCAGUGUGCCGGGGCUGUGGCGGUGCAGAAGCGCAUCGACUGCCACCCCCAGCCGGGCGCUUCCCAGGAGGUCUGCGAGGCGCGAGGCUGCACCUGGUGUGCCACCGAUGUGGCCAACGCUCCCUGGGUAACGCUGAACAAGCGCCAGGCCUUGUCCCUCUUCGGAAAUGACAUUUCUCCGGUCGUCUUGGAAGUAGAGUUCCAGACAAAGGACAGGCUCCGGUUCAGGCUCUAUGACCCCAACAGACAGCGGUUUGAAGUCCCACUGAAGAUCGACUCCCCGGGGGUUACCGCUGAUGAGGCCAGCUACGACGUGGAGUUUGUGGAUGACUCCUCGCGCUUCAGGAUCAAGAGGAAAAGCACCGGCACUGUGCUGUGGGACAGUCCCCUGGUUGAUCUGUUUUUCUCCAACCAGUUUCUUCAGAUCACAACUACUGUGCCAUCCACUUCGGUGUAUGGGUUUGGUGAACAUGAGCACCUGUCCUUCAAACACAACAUGGACUUUGUUACCUACGUAUCAGGCACCAACGGUAAUUCACUUCAUACAACUCUUUGUCCUAACUCGUAUCACCAAAAGGAGAUGUCAUUUGCCAACCUCUAUGGAGUUCACCCUUUCUAUAUGUGUGUGGAAGCCGACUCUAACGCUCAUGGUGUUCUCCUUCUGAACUCCAAUGCACAAGAUGUUACUCUGAGUCCAAACCCAUCCCUAACUUUCCGCACUAUUGGAGGGAUCCUUGACUUCUAUGUCUUCCUGGGACCAACUCCCGAAAACGUAAUUCAGCAAUACACAGAGGCCAUCGGACGUCCACACAUGCCUGCCUAUUGGUCUCUGGGAUUUCACCUCUCCCGAUGGGGUUAUGGCCACAUUGAUGUUUUAAAGAAAACUGUGGAUCGCAUGCACCACUAUGAUAUCCCAUAUGAUGUCCAGCAUCUUGAUAUCGACUACAUGGAACGUCGCCUGGACUUCACCUAUGAUAAAGUGAAUUAUGCAGGUCUGCCAGAGUACCUCCAACAGCUGAAGAAGGAAGGAAUGCACAAUGUCGUGAUUCUGGACCCUUUCAUAACAAAGGACGAAGAACCGGGCACUUACAGGCCUUACGAUCUUGGAGAGGAAAUGGGAGUCUGGGUGAACAACUCUGAUGGCAUAACUCCUGCGGUUGGAAAGGCCUGGCCCCCCGGAGACUCGGUGUUUCCUGACUACACCAACCCCAGGACAGUCGAGUGGUGGACCCAGAUGUGUCUGGAGUUUAAGAACGUCCUUGACUACGAUGGGAUCUGGAUUGAUAUGAACGAACCAUCCAAUUUCUUGAAAGGCCAGUAUCCUGGAUGUGCUGAUAAUGAUAUCAAUAACCCUCCUUACAUUCCCAGCAUUACUGAUCGUUCCCUGGCGCAAAAGACGUUGUGUCCCGACUCCAAGACUUACCUCGGAGAGCAUUAUAACACACACUCUCUCUUCGGCUGGUCGCAGACAGAACCAACUUUCGACGUUGUCCAGCAAGCAACUGGAAAGCGAGCGUUUGUCUUGAGUCGGUCUACAUUCGUUGGCAGUGGGAAGCACGGGGGUCACUGGCUGGGUGACAACUUCUCUCAGUGGAAGGACAUGCACCGGUCAAUCAUUGGAAUCCUGGAAUUCAACCUCUUUGGCAUCCCCUACAUUGGUGCUGAUAUCUGCGGGUUUAACUAUAACACUACCUACGAACUCUGCUUGCGCUGGAUGCAGCUUGGUUCUUUCUAUCCAUUUUCCAGAAACCACAAUGCAGAGGGAAAUAGCGAACAAGACCCAGCGGUGUUCGGAGCAGAGUUUGCCAAGAUAGCUCGCGCUACGCUUCGGAUCAGAUACUCGCUGCUGCCGUACUUAUACACCUUGUUCUUCGAGUCUCAUGUUCACGGAAACACGGUGGUGCGGUCACUCAUGCACGAAUUUACCUCUGAUCAGCAGACUCAUGGAAUAGAUACUGCCUUCCUUUGGGGACCUGCUUUUAUGAUUGCUCCUGUUCUUCAAGAGGCAA